AUGCAAGAAAGUACUCCGACAACACCAAAUAGAGAGUCUCCCCAAAAUGAUAUUAUAGAUGACAAUUCUUCACUUGUAUUAUCUCCGGAAUAUCUCGAAGAAGACAUGAAGGUUGAUAAGUAUCACAUGAAAGGCUAUAAUCAUGGAUUGUCUUCUAAGAAAAAGGCAGAUCAAAAUUUAGUAAAUUUUAAACUUAUGAAGGAUACUACACCAACGAUUCUCUUUGCCGAUAAAAGUAUAAAUAUGAUGACUUCAAGUAAUGGCAUACAGGACCCCUUCACUCAAAAUAUGGGGAACAUAUCAGAUAUGUCAUUAGAAGUUGGUAGAAAUGAUGAUGAUGAUGAUGAUGGCAAUGCUAAUGCUUCUAAUAAUAGACAAUUGGGAUUAACUUCAUUGGAACAAACCGUUGGAAAGACUUUAGAACAACUGGAUGUUAAUAAACCAUUACCUCUAAAAUUGGAAGGUAAAAUGGUCAAACAAUCUCAAUCUAAUUUUAAUAUAAUAUCACCUGGGAAGCGUAAUCUUGAUACCGUGGACCUUAUUGAAGAACAAGAAAAACAAGAAACCGCAACAAUGACAAAAAAGAAACAGAAAUUGGAAUCACCUCCAACAGAUAAUGAACAAAAUUAUGAUGAAAAUGCUGAAUCCCCUGCGGUGAUUGAAAUGAUUAAUGCUAAUAAUGUUGACUCAACACCAGAAUUAGAAGAAGACGUUAUAAUUAAUAAUUCUGCGAAGACUCCAAAUGUUUUUGCAAAUGAAAAAUCCAGCCCUACUUCAAGCAAUCAUAUGUUAUCACCAAUCAUACAGCAUGAAAAGGGACAUACUUACGAUAUUGACAUCAUUUCAAAAGAAAAUGGCGAUGAUAAUGAUGAUUCUGAAUUCAUAAAUAUGGUCUCAAAGAGAAAUAUGGAAUUGAGUAACGAUAUACACCAAGUCAAUAUUAAGAUGAAUAAUUUAGCUGUUGAUUAUCAAAGAUUAAAUAAAAGAUACCAAAAUUAUUAUUCUAUGGUUAAUGAAUUACAACAAGAUUUGAAGGUUGCAAAUUUGAAAACUGAAGAGUUAGAAGAGGAGAAUGAAAGUCAUAAGAGUAAGAUUCAACCACUAAAGACUAAACUUCAAGAAUUUGUUAAUGAAAUAAAAAUGAUGAACACCAAUCAAAAUUUAUUACAAACUAAAUAUGAUAAUAUUUGUUCUGAAAAUGAAUCAUCUAAAAAAGCACAAGAAGAGUUAGAACAAAGAAUAUCAUCCCUUCAAAAGGUGAUUGAAGAAAAAGAAACACUAAUUAAAACCAUUACAGAUGAAAAGAAAGAUUUUGAGUCGAAGUUUGAAACAUAUACAACUGAGAUUGAGGAAUUACAACAGCAAAAGGAACACGCACAAUUAGAUGCCGAAAGUUAUAAAAGUGAACUUGAAGUUAAAACUAAUCAAUUACUUGAGACUCAACAAACUUUAAAUAAGAUGGCAGAUUCAGAGAAGACUAAUUCUGAAGAUCUAUUGGAGAAUAUUAAGGCUUUAACUGAAGAAAAAGAAUCAUUACAGAAAAAAUUAGAAACCAUGAAGCAAGACACUGAUACGGAGUUGCAAAAAACUAAAGACAUUACCAAUGGAUUUGAGGUGACAAAUAAAGAAUUGUUAACUAAAAUUGAUACAUACACUAAUGAUUUGAGAGUGGCUAAUGACCAAUUAGAAAAUAAAGAUCAAGAAUUGAAUGAAAUUAGGAAGAAAUUAGAAAACGCAAACGAUGAAUGUGAAGUCCGUGUUGCUGAAGUCGCGGAAUUAAAUAUUGAAAUUGAAUCUCUAAAGGAGUCAAAAAUUCAUUUAGAAGAAACUAAUAAUAGAAUGCAACAAGAACUAGAUCAAAAAAAUAUUAGUUCAAAAGAUGAAGUUGAAAAUUAUAGAAAAGCCUCCAUUGAACUUGAAAGUGUUCAAUUGAAAAAUAGCAACAUUGAAUCAAGAUAUCUAAAAGAAAUUGGUGAGCUUCAAAGCACAUUAUCAAAUAUUGGUGAUUCCUUAGAGAGUGCACAAAGACAAGUGGAAAAUACUAAAAAGGAGAAUAAUGAAUUGAAAGAAAAAAUUGCAGAACAAAAAACUCUUUUGUUGUCAAAGAAUGAUGCAAGUGUAGAAACCAAUGCUGACCUCGAUAAUCAAGUUGCGGAGCUGAAACGUCAAUUAGAUGUUGCUACAACAACUAAGGAACAAAUCGAACAAAACAUUGAAACAAAUAAUUCUCAAAAGGAUAAGCAAUUAGAAGGAUUCAAGCAACAAAUUGAAGAUUGGAAAUUGAAAAUGGAAGAUAAAGAGAAAGAUACAAAUAAACGAUUGAGAUUACUCGCUGAGGAUUUGUAUCAUCAAUAUUCUUCAAAACAUGAACAGAAAGUCAAAAGUUUAAAGAAAUCGUAUGAAAAGAAAUAUGAAACACAAAUUGAAAAAAUGACAAUGGAACACCGAGUCAUGAGGGAAGAAAUUGAUAGAAUAAAUAAACAAUUGCAUUUGGAGAGAGAGGAGAAAAAAGAAUUGUUAAGAACGAUGGAAAAUGAAGCUAAAUAA